CUUCACUGUGCCGCUGAAGGAAGAGCAAAAGCUGUUUUUGAUGAGAGUGCUUAUUCCUUUCCACAAGGCUAAAGGGAUGCAGAGCUACCACAGGCAGCUGGCUUAUUGCGUGUCGCAGUUUGUGCAGAAGGAGCCCGUGCUUGGCGGGAUUGUGGUGAGAGGGAUUUUGAGGUAUUGGCCCGUGACGAAUUGCCAGAAGGAGGUUUUGCUGGUUGGGGAGCUGGAGGAGCUGGUGGAGAAUAUUGACCCUGAUCAGUAUAGGAAGUUGGCUCUGCCUUUAUGCCUACGGAUAACAAGAUGCUUGAACAGUUGGAACUCACAGGUAGCAGAGAGAGCCCUCUAUGUUUGGAACAAUGAGCACUUUGUGAAGAUGAUAUCUGUGGCAAUGGAGGAAGUGUUUCCGGUCGUGGUUGAAGGCAUGGAGAGGAACUUGAAGUGGCAUUGGAGCAAAAGCGUCCGGCAACUGACCGAAAACGUGAAGGUGAUGCUUGAAGAAAUGGAUCCAGUUUUGUACUCCAAAUGCCUUGAAGAAAUUGAGCUAAGAGAAUCCAAGGCCAACCAAGCAGAAAUCAAGAGGAAGGAGAAAUGGGACAGAAUAGAAAUGGCAGCAGCAGGAGCAGCCAAGCCUCAGUUCCUCCAACCACAACAUUUCUUGUGUGUAUACAAAAAGUAGUCCCUACUGGCUUUUUUGGGUUUGGUUUCAUACCCACUGAAGAAGGUUUAUUAUAAACUCAGCUCCUUACGUGUAAAUAGUUAUUCCCCCUUGCA